AUACCCUCUGUUUGGGUUCACUUAUUCUAUGGGAUUCAGCAGCCCAGGCAGUUUUCUCACCCCAUUGCGUUCAUUUUCCCUUGCUCACUGCAGGUCACCUGAGGCGUGUGUUCAGAGGUGCCGAUCCUGAGAGCCCAGAACCAACAGCAGACUCUUCUCUGGCUCCCUCUGCUCCUGGAGAAGAGGCCAAAGAGGAGCAAAAUGACCACGAGCCUCCAGCAGUGGUCACACCCCAGCCUGAACAUUCAGAGACUGUUGUUCUGGAGAAAGAGCAGGAGCAGAUUGAUUUGUCAGAGAUGCCAUGCCAGACUGAGGGAGAGCUGUUGCCAGCCCGAGAGCAGAAAGAGCAGCUUGGGCAGCAGGUGGAAGAGGCACUGGAGAAUGGCCAGAAUAUCAAGGCAGAGCCACAGGCAGAGUUGCCUGAAGCUCAGAGUGCCAUCGUGGCAGUGAAGAGGAGGCCCCAGGAAGACAUGAGGAACAUUCAAGAGGAGAUGACACUCUAUCGGCAGAGAAGAGAUCAACAAAACAAGGUGAGUGAUAGAGUGGCAGCCACUCCACUCAUCAAGCUGUCUCUCUCAUGUGUUUUAGAGGACAGCAAGGAAAAUCUCCAGGCAGAGAUGCAGGAUAUUCGGGCUAGGAUCAAGGAAAGGGAGAAGAGGCUGGAGGAAGAAAUGAAGAUGGUGGAAGAGGAAAUCAAUCACCUGAUUCAGGAGAAGAAUUUUCUACAUAAACAAGUGAGUGAAACAGCGAUAGCCACUGCAGUCACUGCAGUCUGGUGGUUUGUGCCCUUCUUGCCUUUCCCCUGCAGAGCAGCAGGGAGCUGGGGUGAUGCCCCUCAGUGCCAUCCUGCUGUAGUGUCUAUCCCAGCUGCUUUGAAGGAAAUUUCCUGGUGUGCUGAAUCCCAACUGCUGCUCUGGACAGUGGCACAAGUCGCUUUCCCCUUUUGCCAGCACUCAUCUGAGUGCAUUCCUGCUGGCCUCUUCCUGCUCUCCUUGUUUCUUCAGGUGUUUUUGCAAGUGAACACAGUCACCCAGAUAGAUGUUGAACACAAGCCACAAGCUGUCUGUAUCCCUUGGGGAAUCUGCUCCUCUCCUGCUCGUUCCCUUUCCUCACAGUCAAUGAGCCUUGGCAGAAAGGGACAAGCUGUAGUCUCUGACUGCUUUGUUCUGUUUGACUUGAGGUGGAAAGGAGUGUUGACAUCUCACCUGGCAGCCUGGGAAGGCUUCCAGCAAAUGACUGGUGAUGAGGAGCCCCAAG